AUGGUGGUCACGCUCGGCCCAACAAGUGAUUUGGACUGGCUGAGGUUUUCCUACCUGCUGCGCAAUAAGAACCUGAGCUUUGACGACAUUGCAGAGCUUGUAUCGCGAUAUGUGCCCGAUGGCGACAAUCUCCCGGAAAACGAUCUCGUGCAAGAGGAGGUUACAGCUGUCGGCGAGUCGGACGCGCACAACAGUACAUGGCGGAUUUCCUCCAGUGAGCCAAGUUGCGGAGCGGAGGUUCUUAAGUCCAACGGCAUAGACGUCUGCCACCACGGUCCACCUCAGCCCCCAAAUCCUCCAGAGGCUGUGAGGAUCGAUGGAACGACGGAGCAGUCAGCCAGACAGGAUGAUGUCGAAGAUCUAGACCAGUCUGAUCAUCGACGUUCCAGCGAAGACCAUGAGAUAUCCCGAUCAUGUUUCUCAUCAGAUUCUUCGGCUGACUCGGUCGACUUUUCGAAAGCGGAAAUUGGCAUGCAGGUGACCAGGAUGAGACCUACCAUGUUAUCCUGGCUGAGGCCAAAGAGAAAAUACGACAGCCUCCAAGAAAACACACGACCAAACUCACCAGGUCCUAAGGAAUCCUCUGUAGGCCUCUGGAAGCGAAUCAGCAGAACAACAUCCCACUCCACAAUGAACACCACUCUGGUGGAGAAGUUUGACCAGAAGUUGCAAGCCAAACUCUCCAAUACCAAGUUGCGAGCUUCUGGCGCGAGCCAGAUACCAGCCAACGAAUGCCAUCCUGCGUUCAGGGAACAAGCCGACGCGUCAAACGCCCAACCAGAUCUGUCCACCUCAGCUCACAUCCUCAACGCCAUGCGAUCUCUCAACAGCCAUCGCGCAAGCCAAAGUGUGCCUAGCGACACGAAGUCCCAAAAACCAGGUCAAUCUCACGAGAAAGACCCUCGAUGGACAGCGGUUGACACCUACUCGUUCGGCCACCUUCACCCCUCCACGCGCAUAUCCCCCUCCCAAUCCGCCCUCCAACACGCCCUCGACGCCUCCCAGCAAGCAGGCCUACCAGACAUCGCCGUGUCGCCAUCCCAGGGCAAAUAUCUCCAACUCACCGCACGCCUCGCACGUUCCAAAAACAUCCUCGAAGUAGGCACAUUGGGCGGAUACAGCACCAUCUGGCUCGCAACAUCCAGUCCCAACGUAAAAGUAACAAGCGUCGAAGUCGAUAUGCACCACGCCAAUGUCGCACGGUCGAAUAUCCAGAACGCGGGCUUGGAAGACAAAGUGGACGUCGUAGAAGGGCCUGGUAUGGACGUUCUUCCUGCUCUGGCACAGCAGGUUAGAGACGGCAAGAGGCCGAAAUUCGACUUCGUCUUCAUCGACGCGGAUAAGGAGAAUAACUGGAACUAUGUGGAUAUAGCGCUGGGUAUGUGUGAGGCAGGUGCAUGUGUUAUUGUGGACAAUGUGGUGCGGAAGGGGCAGUUGGCGGAAGAGACGGAUGAUCCGAGGAUUGCUGGGGCGAAGAGGGUGGUGGAGAAUGUGGGGAAGGAUGAGAGGUUGGAUGGCGUAGUGUUGCAGACGGUGGGGGAGAAGUCCUAUGAUGGGUUCUUGCUUGCUGUUGUGAAGUAG